UUGCAAACGUUGGCAAUGGCUACAACCCUGCAACAGGUCUAUAAAAGUAGAGGGGAGAGGAGCAGAGGAGCAGAGAGAACACAGAACAGAAGCAUGAGCAUGAAAAGGCUUUCAGUGCUGCUUCUGGCCAUGUGCUCGGGCCUUUUGGAGGCACAGGUUUCCUUUAAAGAUAAUGGAACCAAUCGUCUAACAUCAAUGUCAAAGGAGGAGAGACUGGCAGCCCUGGAGAGAAGGUUGGAAUCCAGUGAGAAGGAGGUGUCGCAUCUCAAGAGACUGAUUGGAGCCCCGCCUGCAAUAGCUUUUUCUGUUGCCCUGAUGGAUGAGGCUACUACACCCGGAGACUACGGGCCUUUUGCCUACCGUACGAUACUGCCAUACAGGAAGGUCUUUGCAAACGUUGGCAAUGGCUACAACCCUGCAACAGGCACAUUCACCGCCUCCGUCAGGGGGAUGUACUUCUUUCGCUUCACCAUGUUCACCAGCGCCACCCCUAACUCUGCAGCAUGCAUCUGGAAGAACAAUGUGUUUGUGGUGUGUCUGUGGGACGUCAAGGGGUACAUUGGGGCAGACACGGGCAGCAACGCAGUGGUCUUACCGAUGGGGGUGGGAGACCGCGUUAGCGUAAUGCUUGAGCCGAACAUGACAGUAAAUGACGGUCAAACGCACCUAAACACUUUUAGCGGUUUCCUGCUUUUUCCCAUGUGAAUCAAAUUGUUGACUGGCUUUUGUUAAUCUGUAAAAACAUUUCAUGAAAAAAAAAAUUGCAAUAAUCCGAACGACAUAAUAAAUCUAUAAAAAGUCUU